AUGGAAGAUCCAUACAUUUCUAUACUAAAUCAUUGUGACUAUAUAUUAUCUGAAUUAGGAUUAAGAACGUUCUUAAUUAAAUUACCACUUAAUAGUUCUAUAGCAAAAAGUACUGGAAAAGGUAUAAAACAAAAAAUUUUUAAAAAUUUAUCUUUUUCUUCUAUUAAAAUUGAUGAAGAUAAUAUAAUACAGAAAAACAAUGGCUAUUAUUCAUUAAAUGUGGGAGUAAGAGAUAUGAAUCUUUGUAGAUAUUCUAAUUCUAAGUAUUUGAAUAAAGAAGAUCUUUUAAAUAUUGAAAAUAUUGUAAAAUCCUUAACUGAACCAACAAUUUGUGGAUUUGUAUUUUUAAUAGCUGAAAUAUCAUUGGAAAAUAAAUCCUAUUUUUAUAAUAAUAAUACUUCUAAAUGUUAUCGUCCUAUUGGGGGAGGAAUAGUUGAAUUAGUAGAUGAUUAUGAAAGAUGUCUAAGAUCAAUUUUUUGUAAAAAGAAACUUCCUUUAAAAGUUUCAGAAAAUAUAUUACGUAUUAUUAUUGGACGCACUAUUAUUCAUGCUUUACAAUGGAAAUAUAAUAAUAGUAAGAAGAAAUGUACAAACAAAGUCAUUUCUGUACUAGAUGAUCAUAUAAAACUUUUUCCUAUACCUGCAUAUAAUAUAUUACUAAAAGAUUUACCAAUGUCUAAACAUUGGGAGAUAUAUGAUGACGCUGGAUCUCAUUCAGAUCACCCUGGUAUUAAGUGUAACUGCUAUAAAUUAUCAAAUUUUCCAAAUUCAAGACAAUUCUGGGGUAUAUCUGAAUCUAGAUUUAUGAAAUUGAUUAGAAGUGAUCCAAAGUUAUUUGGUAAGAGCUUAUUAAUUGAAGACUUUUUAAGUGAUAAUUAUUUUAAAUCAAAUAAACUUAUUACAAAUUAUGAUGAGAAACAGGAUAAAGAGAAUUUAGAUAAGAUUUAUACUAAGAAACGAAAAUUAUUAAACUAA